GCCCUUGCUCUGGCUGCGCCCCGCCCUUUGCCGUUGUCAUGGGAACGCCUUGGCGCUCCAAGGCCCGCCUUCAGGGUGUUGCGGACUAUUGGCUCCGCCCUUUGCAUUCUACUUCCGGUCGGGGAAAGACCGCUUCCGGUGCUUCCGUCGCUCCUUGCCGGUCAUAAUGGCCGCGCAGCGACCCCUGCGGGUCCUGUGCCUGGCGGGCUUCCGGCAGAGCGAGCGGGGCUUCCGCGAGAAGACCGGGGCGCUGAGGAAGGCGCUGCGGGCCCGCGCCGAGCUCGUGUGCCUCAGCGGCCCGCACCCGGUCCCCGACGCCCCGGGCCCCGAGGGCGCCAGAUCAGACUUCGGGUCCUGCCCUCCAGAGGAGCAGCCUCGAGGCUGGUGGUUUUCAGAGCAGGAGGCGGACGUUUUCUCCGCAUUGGAAGAGCCCGCCGUAUGCAGGGGCCUGGAGGAAUCCCUGGGGAUGGUGGCGCAGGCACUCAGCAGGCUGGGGCCUUUUGACGGCCUUCUUGGUUUCAGCCAAGGGGCUGCGCUAGCAGCCUUUAUAUGUGCCCUGGGCCAGGCAGGCGAUCCCCGCUUCCCCUUGCCACGGUUUAUCAUCUUGGUAUCUGGUUUCUGUCCCCGGGGCCUUGGGUUCAAGGAAUCCAUCCUGCAAAGGCCCUUGUCAUUGCCUUCACUCCAUGUUUUCGGGGACACUGACAAAGUCAUCCCCUCUCCGGAGAGUAUGCAAUUGGCCAGCCGAUUCCCCGGAGCCAUCACCCUCACCCACUCUGGUGGCCACUUCAUUCCAGCAGCUGCAGCCCAGCGUCAGGCCUACCUCAAGUUCUUGGACCAGUUUGCAGAGUGAAAGAUCAAGAAAUGUCUCUGCUCCUACAUCCAGCCCCUCUUGGGGUAGCCUCCCUCAUCUGUGCCCUCCCAGGGCCCUCCACUGCUGUGAGUGCACCUCACCAGGACCAGUUAAGAGACAACUAUCAAUUCUUGAGACCCAAAUUAUAUGGACCCUGCCUUGUAUUGAAGAAAAGGGGAGCACAAGGCCUUAAUGGACAUUGACUUGUGAAACUCAAACAUGAAAAUGAUUGGAAGGCCGGGCGCGGUGGCUCACGCCUGUAAUCCCAGCACUUUGGGAGGCCGAGGCGGGCGGAUCACAAGGUCAGGAGAUCGAGACCACGGUGAAACCCCGUCUCUACUAAAAAUACAAAAAAUUAGCCGGGCGCGGUUGUGGGUGCCUGUAGUCCCAGCUACUCGGGAGGCUGAGGCAGGAGAAUGGCGUAAACCCGGGAGGCGGAGCUUGCAGUGAGCCGAGAUCGCGCCACUGCACUCCAGCCUGGGCGACAGCGAGACUCCGUCUCAAAAAAAAAAAAAAAAAAAAAGAGAAAAUGAUUGGAGAGCCCUGGAUUAGGAGGGUGACAUGGGGAAGACAGAGGCUGGCACCAUGGUGACUGCCACAUAAUAAAGUGGUGAUUUGGA